AUGGCUUUAACACGUAAAAAUUCUAAUAUUUACAAUUUUCCUUGGUCGUCCUCGUCAAAGGGCAAAGAAGCUCAGAAAACAUCUCAUUCUUCUGCACCUCAAGAUAAUCUCGACGGAUCAACGAGUUCCAAAAUAAUAGAUCAAAAAAAUGAUUUAACGUCCGCGGGCGAUUAUGAUCACAGUCUAGGCAAUAAUAGAAACUUAGAUGAGGAUUUGGAAAGAGGAAGUGAAACAGUAGGCACCGUUAAAGAAACACCAUUACCGAUUUUCCCGUUGCUUGUGUUGAGUAUGGUGACGUUUUGCGAACCCAUGUGUUCGACUGUUAUAUUACCAUUCGUGUAUUUUAUGGUAAUCGUUCGAGAUUUUCAUUUGACCGAUAAUGAAAAAGAGAUUGGGUAUUAUGCUGGUCUAAUAAGUGGGCUAUGGCUUCCAGAAGUCUUCAAGGGAAAUAUUGGGGUGGCAAAAAGUAUGCUUGGACCAAUCAUUGGUGGAUAUUUGUCGCAUCCUGCUGAUAAUUUUCCAAAUAUUUUUGGUAAUGAGUUUUGGAGAUAUUAUCCAUAUUUGUUGCCUUGUCUUAUUUCAUCGUCAGUUUCAGCUACUGGAUUGGUAAUUGGAUAUUUCAUGUUACCUGAAUCGCACAAAAUUGAUCAGGGAUCUGAAUAUAAGCCUGAGAGUGAACCGUUACUUAAUACGAAACAGAGUAAUCAUUCGGAUGAUAUUGAGUCUUCUUCAUCUUUAUAUGGCACUAUUGACCGUAAUGAAAUAGAUUGUAAUAAUCUUUCUAAUAGACCUAUGGGAGGGAAGUGCAAUGGAAUUCUCAUUGACGAUGAUUCAACAUUAAACAAGGAAAGUGAAGAUAAUUCCGUAGUAAAGGCAACGUAUAAUCAGAGAUUUCGUAGUCUUUUACGCGAUAUAUCCCCUUCUAUUCCACCUCUCGUCUCCUAUGGAAUAUUGGCUUUAACAAUAAUCUUUGACGAAGUAUACUCAAUAUACGCAGUAACUCGACUUUCUGAUGGCGGUCUUGGCUAUCGAUCUCAAGACCUUGCACUUAGUUUGACAAUUAUGGGUUUCGUGGCUUUAGCCAGCCGAUCUUUUAUGUUCACGGUACUCAGGAAGCCUGCACGAGCAUAUCAAAUCGUGUGGUUCCUUUAUAUUCCUGUUUACGUGAUGUUUCCAUUAAUAAACACACUUAAGCAGUCAUUCAAUUGUUAUUUUGAUUCUGAGUUAGCCAGCGUUGUGUGCCCUGAUCAGGGAAAUUUAACGAAUGAACGUAUAAUUUGGUAUAUAUUACUGAUAACGUUGGGUGUGCGCUACUUUUUGAACGUUUUCGGAUAUACAAGUAUUUUAAUUGUAAUUACGAAUUCUGCUCCACGAAAUGUUCUUGGCACAGUCAAUGGAAUAGGGCAAACAAUAGCAUCCUUUGCUCGUGCUGUUGGACCCGCGUUAGGAGGAGCUCUUUGGACUUGGUCUUUGAAAAAUAAUCUCGGAUUCCCAUUUGAUCGACAUUUUGUUUUCAUUGUGAUGAGUGUAGCGGCGUUUAUUGGAUGGUUACAAAGUUAUAGGAUAUCACGCAAGUUUUUCGAAUUUUAA